AUGUAUAGAAGUAUGAAAGACGAUCCGGAUACCAAUGUACAGUUUGUACAAACCGUGGAAAUGUUUCCUUGUUUGUAUGACUACACAACAAAGGAAUAUUCCAUUAGAAAUGCAAAAUAUAAGGCUUGGGGAGAAAUUGGAAAAAAAUUUGACGCCAACAUGAGUGAAUGUAAAGAACGAUGGAAAAAUUUGAGAGCUUGCUUUACAAGACAUUUAAAAGCCAAACCUCCGUCGGGAUCAGCUGCCAAGAUCAAAAAACCAUAUUAUUUAGCAGAGUUUUUACAUUUUCUUGAACCUUUUACAAAAUCACGGAAACAGUCAGGUUAUAUGCCAGCUUUACCACCCUUAAAUAAUGAAUGUAGUGAGCAAAACGAAAUUAUUGGUAAUUUUUCUGAAAGUGAAGAAGACAACAUUGACAAUAAUCCAAUUGAAGAUAACCCAAAUGAUUCAAAUUCAAGUUUCACUGAACCAAAACCACAACAAUGGAUCUCUAGUACCAAAAGUUCAUCUUUUCAGAAAAAACAACGUUCAGUAGGACUAGAAGAAGUGAAUAAGGCAGCUUUAGAUUUUUUCGCAAAAAAAAAGAAGUCAGAUCUUCCUGUAGAAGAUGUGGAUUUAUGUUUUUUUAAAAGUUUAUUACCAGAUAUGAAACUUAUGAAUCCUGAACAAAAAAGGCGUUUUAAAUUUGGAGUAUUAAGUUUAAUUGGAAACAUACUUGAUGAACCUAAUGAAACUAUUCCUAUACAGACUGAGCAAAAUCUUUACCACACUGGAUAUAAUAGAGAAUAUCAGAACAUGGAAAAAUAA